CAUCGAGGCCAGCAGCGGGCAGCGCUGCUCCACUUUGGCCUGGGCCAGCGAUCAUGGCUUUGGCGUUUUUCUUCGCCUUGUUGGCGCAGAGAGUGGCUUUCGUUGGUGAUGAGUUGGACGUGGAAACGCUGGAACGCAUGCGUGAGCGUGAGGUGUUUCUGCAAGAGCAGAUGACACUUCAGUGGCAGCACGUAGAGAACCUGGGGCAGAGCUGGAUAGGCAUUCGAGCCUUGUCCUCUGUGUUGCCUUACCGGAAGGUUUGCAGCCUUCUUGAACGCAUGCGUGAGGUGUUUCUGCGAAAGCGGAUGGAAAAGCUUCCGCUUCCGCUUCCGCAAUUAGAAGAGAGCAACCUGAAGAAGAGCAGGGUGGAUAUUCAAGCCUUGCUCUUCUCUGUGUUGCCUUACUGGAAGGUUUGCAGUGUUCUUUGCAUUCUCUUCCUUUUUCUCUGGUUCAUGUGGAAGAUCUAUAAAAAGUUCCAGAGAAGUGAAGACAUCAGUGAUGAGGAGAGCUCCAUCAGUAAGCAGGAGCAGCAGGAGGAGCAACAGGCUGAUGCGCUCUGGCCAGACCAAAUUCAUCGAGACAACUGUGAGCAGAUACUCCUCCUAUUUGGUCGCCUCAUCAACUUAUGCCAGUAUCUGGUGUCAGAUACUUUCUUUCCGGUGCCAGAGCGCCCCAUCGGGGUGGGCAGUGCCUAUGAAGGCUGGUGUCCUGAGAAGGAACCCAUCUUCUGCCUGCUUGUGCCCCUGUCGGCCCCCCGUGGGCACGUUUUCCACCUUGAUCUGGGAGCCGCAGGGGAGCUGCCAGCAAGGAACUCCCGCAUCCAUGUAGAUCUGGAAUGCACGUGCGGGAGGGAGCCGGAGAUGGGUAUGCGGUGCUUCCUCCACACCUCCAAGGAAGAGCUGGGAAAUCAGCACCCCAGCCUACUACGUGACUUCUGCGAGGACGCCUACCUAGAUGUGGAGAAGACUGUCCGAUGGUUCCAGGUGCUGAUCACACAUGCCUGGAAAUACAUGCCUGAGGCAGAGACGUGCAGCAUGAAUGUGAUGCCGUCCGGGCGCUCCUGCAGGAUUCAUCUGACAGACAUCCACAAAACAGCCUGCGUUGUUGAGAUUGUGUUUGGCGUCCAGCAAGAAAAUACGGACAUCUUUCUGAGCAGCCAGGAGACAGAGGCUGCUUUUACCCCCAGCACAACCUGGCCACAGAGUUGUGCGGUGGCUGAGGCAAAGUUUUUCCAGCACAUAGCCACCCGUGACCAGUGGAACACUUUCAACCUCACAUAUGUGCAAGUGGGUGCCCACAUCCUGGCGGGACAGACUUUUUCUCCCUACCAACUGAGGACAGUGCUCAUGCACCUCCUGACUGACAUCCCUUUGAAAAGCUGGCAUGGGAGCUAUUUCCUGCAGCGGAUGGAUGACAUCUUGCGCUACCUGUGCUGCUGUGUGGAGGAGAAAUGCCUGAACCAUUUCCUCAUAGGAAAUGAGGAUGUGCCUGCGGAGAUCAUCUUGCCGCAGGAAUUCCGAGCGUCCCGACCGCUCAACCUCCUCCAGCACCUGGUGCAAGAUCCAGACAGUUAUGAGCAGGCACUGCAGGAGUUGUGGGAGCUGCAAGAUCAGCUCACAGGCCUGCUGUUCUAUUGGAAAUGAGAGACGCCCACUUGUCCUACAGACGAGCACUCUGGACAUGGAGAAGACACCACUCAGCAGGCAGUCGGAAUUGCUCCCAAAUGUUUUCUCCACAACAAACCAACAGUGCGGUAGCCAGAGUGCCGAACUGAAUAUGCACAAGGGAGCAGCUGGUGUGAGACUACACUGUCCUUCCUUCCUUCACCACCCUGAGGACCACCUGGGGAGAGAGAAGAUGCUCAGCCUCCUAUACAAACUCUCCAGGAUAUGGAGAAAACUGCAACCUGGUUCCAGGAACUGGUGAGAGAAGCCUGGGUAGCUAUGCCUCAACUGUCAACAAACAGUGCAGCGCGAGUUGAGGCCCUCCGUCUGCUUCUGCAAGCUCCGGCUGACAACCACCUCUUGCAGAGUCCUCUGGAUUGAGCUCAGGCUCAGGGUACAGCAAGAGGACUUGGACACAUUUCUGUCCUUUGAGUAGGCAGGGGCUGUUGAUAGCAGAAGCACGAGGAGGCCGCAGAGAUGCGAUGCAGCAGAGACUUUCUUU